GUAUAAAAUGGAGGCACGUUUGUAUUGAAGGACACACCCAAGGUUGCCCCAAUUUCUGCAAGCGUUUUCUACUAGCUUCUUUCACUUCCCUGUAGUCUCUAAAAUAGAGACUUGCCGUUCCAUUUUUAAGAGGUUGUGUUGAUGACUUGGGAGAACUAAGUGAAAACAAAUCUAAGUGAUAUCACACAUUUGCCAAAAUGAAGCUGACGGAUGUGCUUUACGUUAGGAAAGUUGUUCCAUUUAUGCCAUGCGACAGUUGGUUCCGCAGAAAUCAGCUAAUGAAGUUUGCAUUUUUAUUCAAAGGUAGAGCUGCUCGAUGUCCUAAAUUAGGCACUAAUCGUGUCAUAAAAGCCCUGCAAUACGUCAAGGAUCUAAGGCGUGUUCGAAGGGAAGAUAUGAAAUCUCUGUGGAUGGAACGGUUAGAGAUAGCAAGUGAACAGUGUGGUUUGCCGAGUGCUAAAGCGCUUUGUGAAGGCUUAGCUCAGUCAAAUGUUGCCCUGAAUAAGAACAUGCUUCAGAUCUUAUCUAUCUACGAACCACGAACAUUUUCAGCUUUGGUGGACUUGUCCAAGCAGUAUCAUAUGGAAAAGGGAGUGCCAGUACCUAACAUGUCACCACCUCAAAAAGUUGUUACUAGAGGUUUACUAACCUCUCCUAUUGUUCCUGGGAAUAGAAAUUUAUAUGAAUAAAGUUAACUGUAUUGCUCAAUAAAUUAAUAAACCGC